CCGCACUCAGCUACGCCACACGAGUAGAUUCAAGAUCUAAUGUAGAUCCUGGCUAAAAAGAACCCGGUGAGUAAAUGAUACAUUCACAGAAAUAGAUCUUGAUGAUGAGGGAAAUCUGAAACUCAUGGUUUUGUGCACAGUUUAGUAUCUAAUGGCUUCACAAGCAUCACAACUAGACCUAUGGCUUCUCAUUCAAUGGUGAGCCUUAUUCUGCUGCUUCCACUCCAUUUCCCUCAUCAACUUCUGCUCCUCCGUCUCCAUCUCCAUCAGCUCCGCCGGCCCCAGUUCCGUCAGCUCAAAGUCCUGGACACCGUUCUUCAAGAAUGCGUCGAUAAUGUCGCUUGCCUCAGUCGGUCUCUCAACUCGAUAAACUCUAUCCUCUCUUUCGUCCCAAAGGUAGUAUUUUUGCUCGAACGAGAACACUUUAAGGACCGAUUCCAUGCUGCACACGAUGGAUUUGGGGUUGUCCCAAUCAUUGUCAAGUACUCUAGAGCCGUCAAAGGGAUUGUCCUCGUAGGGGCCGUUCUUCAGAUUUCGUUAGCGCACCAAGGCAUUCCCCAAACAGCAGCAUCCACGUACCAUGGUGCUUGCGGCUGAUUAUCCAAUUCUGCAAUAAAUGAUAUGUAUGAUUUUGCGGUCUUCAAGCUGGUUACUUUGUGUAAUGAGAUAUGCCAGAGAAGGGGGAAGGGCGAGAAAAGAGAUGAAAAGGUGACUACAAAUGCUGGGCGAUGCGAGGCAUAUUUAUAGGUUGGAUCAGUCACACUCUGUGACGGCCAAGAAGCAGUUGGAGGGGACCUAUGGGUUCUUUACGGGCUCCAGCCUCCAGCAACAUGUUGUCGUGGCAUAGCCCCCAGGCGUAUCUGCCAGCCUCGAAUACGGUGGCUUGGAGAUUAUUGACACUUUUCAGGAUGACGAUGUGUACCUUUAUCAUUGGCAUGCGUGUCGUCCAAGGGGAAUGAAGGCUGGUGCUGGAUUUAGCAUCCUGGAGUCGGUAGCUACCUGUUAGUCCUCAGUAUCAGUAUCUGAUGCAGAUCAACCAUCUUGCCCGUUGGCUUGCUUCUAAUGGCUUUUCCUCGC